CGCCCUUUCACUCAUGCAUAUAUGACCCCCUCAGAACAGCUUUUGCUUUGCUAAAUCCAGUCCAGGCAGCUGCACUUCCUGUUGGAGGCACCGAGCAACUCUGAACUUCGGAUUCAGCAUGGCAAAAUGUGGAGCAUGUGGUCCAGGGUAUGCAACUCCUUUGCAUGCCAUGAAAGGUCCCCGGGAGGAGAUUUUGUACUUGCCUUGUAUCUACAGAAACACUGGGAUAGAGAAGCCUGACUAUUUGGCUACAGUGGAUGUUGACCCCAAAUCUCCACACUACUGUCAGGUGAUCCAUCGCCUGCCCAUGCCCAACCUUAAAGAUGAGCUCCAUCACUCAGGAUGGAAUGCCUGUAGCAGCUGCUUUGGAGAUGCCACAAAGAAAAGAAAUCAUCUGAUUUUGCCAAGUCUGAUUUCUUCUCGCAUUUAUGUGGUGGAUGUGGGAACAGACUUGCGAGCUCCUAGAAUCCAUAAGAUUGUUGAGCCAGUGGAAUUAUUCUGGAAGGGUAAUGUGGCUAAUCCUCACACCUCUCACUGUCUGGGCAGUGGUGAGAUUGUAAUCAGCUGUUUGGGAGACCCUUCUGGCAAUGGAAAAGGUGGCUUUAUUGUGCUGGAUGGAGAGACCUUUGAAGUGAAGGGCAAUUGGGAGAAGGGGGAAAAAGUACCCUCGAUGGGUUACGACUUCUGGUAUCAGCCACGGCAUAAUGUCCUGAUGAGUACUGAAUGGGGAACCCCAAAAGUCUUGGCAGAAGGGUUUGACCCAGCUGAUGUAGAGAAAGGUCAUUAUGGGCAUCACAUUAAUGUGUGGGACUGGAACUCUCAUACCUAUAUUCAGUCAAUUGACUUAGGGAAGAACUCUAUUCCUCUGGAAAUUCGAUUCCUUCACAAUCCAGAUGCUUCAGAAGGAUUUGUUGGAUGUGCCCUGAGUAGUACAGUGCAUCGUUUCUACAAAACUGAGAAAGGAGACUGGGCAGCAGAGAAAGUGAUUGAAGUACCCAGCAAGAAGGUGAAGGGAUGGCUGCUUCCUGACAUGCCCGGUCUUAUUACUGAUAUCCUCAUCUCGCUGGAUGACAGAUUCCUGUAUUUCAGCAAUUGGGUGCAUGGAGACAUCCGUCAGUAUGAUAUCACCAACACCCGCAAACCCAAGCUGGUAGGACAGGUGUUUCUGGGAGGCAGUAUCACAAAAGGUGGACCCGUAACAGUAGUGGAAGACCAGGAGUUGCAGAGUCAGCCAGAGCCAUGUGUGAUCAAAGGGAAGAAGGUGCCAGGUGGACCUCAGAUGAUCCAGCUUAGUUUGGAUGGGAAGAGAUUGUAUGUCACCUCCUCUCUCUACAGCGGCUGGGACAAGCAGUUCUACCCAGAUCUCAUCAAGGAAGGCUCUGUUAUGCUGCAGAUUGAUGUGGAUACUGAAAAAGGUGGAUUGAAAGUGAACAAAAACUUCCUGGUGGAUUUUGGGAAGGAACCUGAUGGGCCUGUCCUAGCUCAUGAGAUUCGUUACCCUGGUGGAGACUGUACCUCUGAUAUCUGGGUGUAAUUGUUUUUAUGGAUCUAUUUCCUUUGUUUCUUUGUUUGUUUCUUUUUUUUUUUUCCCUUUUCCUCUCUGUCUCUCUCCUCCCUACCCUCCACUUCCCUUUUGUAUAGGUGAAUCAGUUCAGCUGGAACCUUGUCCACUAUCUCAAUUUAGACUUCCAUUAGGGUGAGCCACAGAAGCUUCACUUUCUUCUGAUUCUCUGAGGAAGCUGAGUGGGUCUUUCUGAACCAUGAUAUAGAUCUCAUUUAUUUCUCCAAUACUUCCCCUUGCAUAAAGUCUUGUGUAAUCACUGUUGACUGCAGGUUUCUAGGCAGAGGUUAUCAGGCUUUUAAGGAUUGUUUGCCCAGUGACGGCGGAGAAGCUGUUCCUAAAUAACAUCAUAAGGGUAUAUUCCAUGGGCCUGACUGGGAGCAAGAGUGUCUUUUUCCUGCAAAGUUUAAUUGCUGAUAAAGUAAUCAGUGCUUUACAACACACAUAACAAAAAAAAUGGUGCAUAUAUAAUCUGAAGCCACGUUUCUAAAGUUGGGUUACAUUUUAACUCUUGUGCAGUGAUGCUAUAAAAAAUCAACAGUAAAAUUGUUUUGCAAUUCA